AAAGCAGCAGUAUUGCGGGAAGUAAACCGUCCACUGGAAAUCGAGGAUAUUGACAUUGCGUCACCAGGGCCGCGCGAAGUGCUGAUACGCACCGGCGCAUCGGGCGUCUGCCACAGCGACUUGCACUUCGUCGAGGGUCUGUACUCUACGCCCAUGCCCGUCAUCCUGGGCCACGAGGCUGCCGGGACCAUCGAGGCGGUGGGUGAACAGGUUGAAUACGUAAGGCCCGGCGACCGGGUCAUCACCUGCCUGUCAGUGUUCUGCGGGACCUGCGAGCGAUGCACCGAGGGCCGCACGGUGCUGUGCUCACGUACCGGGCUGAACCGCACGGCCAACCAGACUCCGCGACUCAGCCAGAACGGGGAGGAGGUCACCCAGUUCGCCAACCUGUCCUCCUACGCCGAGCAAAUGCUGGUGCACGAGAACGCGGUGGUCAAGAUUGAUCGGGACGUGCCCUUCGAGCAACUGGCCCUCAUCGGCUGCGGGGCGACUACCGGCUUGGGAGCGGCGCUGAACACCGCCGCCGUGCGCCCGGGCAGCACCGUGGCGGUCAUCGGUUGCGGCGGCGUGGGCCUGAACGCCAUCCAGGGGGCGGCGCUGGCCGGCGCCCUGCGCAUCAUUGCCAUCGACGCGGUGGAGACCAAGCUGACCCUGGCCCAGGAAUUCGGCGCCACCGAAGUAAUCGACGCCUCCGGCGGCGACGUGGUGAGCAAGGUGCGGGACCUGACCAAUGGCGGAGUGGACUACUCCUUCGAGGCCAUUGGCAAGAAGGAGACCGCCGAGCAGGCCUUCCAUAUGCUUCGAGCCGGCGGCACCGCCACCAUCAUCGGCAUGAUCCCCCAGGGCACCAAGAUCGAGCUGGACGGCCCUUCGUUCCUGCGCGAGAAGCGCAUCCAGGGCAGCAGCAUGGGCUCCAACCACUUCCGCACCGACAUGCCGCAAUACGUAGAGUUCUACCUCCAGGGCCGCCUCAAGCUGGACGAGCUAGUCUCCCGCCGCCUUGGCCUCGAAGACAUCAACGAGGCCUUCGAAUACAUGAAAGAGGGCAGCGUGGCCCGGAGCGUGAUCACGUUCUAG